GAACCUGAGUUCGAGACCCUCCAACUACAUGCAGGGCAAGAACCUGAUCCUGUGAAUGGCUCUCGCGCCGUCCCCCUCUUCCAAACAUGUUCCUACAACUUCAUGGACGCAGCAGAUGGUGCGAGCAAGUUUGCUUGGGAGAAAGACGGGUAUGUGUACACGCGGAUGGGGAACCCGACGAUAGGGGUACUAGAACAGAGAAUGACGAUGUUGGAGGGGGGUGUGGGGGCUGUUGCUACUGCUAGUGGACAUGCUGCACAGGUAGGUAGGGUUUUGAAAAGACGGCUGGGAAGAUGCUGAUGAUACUAGUUUAUGGCUAUCACGUCUGUGAUGGAAUCUGGAUAUAAUUUUGUCAGCACGAGUUGGCUUUAUGGGGGGACUUACAACCAGUUUAAGGUUUACCUUAAGAAGUUCAAUAUUCAUGUUAAGUGGGUUGAAGGACAGGGUGAGUCAUAUUUCUUUUUUGAAUUAUAUCCUUCGAGGUUCAGUAUAUUCUGAUUAUAGGUAGAUCCUGCGGCAAUUGCGGCUGCAAUUGAUGACAAAACUCGAGCUGUGUAUAUUGAAACGAUUGGAAAUCCAAAACAUAAUGUCCCGGAUAUUGUGAGUAUUCAUUUCCGGCAAACUGCCUUCUCGCUGGAUCGACAUGGAACCAAAAAUAUGCUUGAAGUUCUCAUACUAGUCUUAUGGCCUGUCUUCCGUCUACAAUCAAAUUAUGCCUAGAAACUUAUACUGACGGAGACCCUAGGCGGCUAUCGCUAAAGUGGCACAUGACGCUGGAAUUCCGUUGAUUUGCGAUAACACUUUCGGAAUGGGUGGGUAUGUCCAGAGGCCGUUCUCGUUAGGAGCCGAUAUCAUCACACAUAGUGUUACGAAAUGGAUUGGAGGUGAGUACUUAUUUCCUUUGACGUAUUCUGAAUCCGAUUUGCUUGAGGGCGAAGAUCAGACCGAGCCACCAACUGUUGAGUCUGAGUGUGUUCUAUUUUAACACAUGUAUCUCAGGACAUGGAACAUCAAUGGGAGGAAUAGUGAUCGACGGCGGAAAGUUUGACUGGUCCAAAAGUGGAAAGUUCCCGGGCUUUACAGAAGUAGCAGACGGUUAUCACGGCAUGAAAUUCUGGGACAAAUACGGAUUUCACGCCCUCGCACACAAACUACGAAUGGACGCCAUGCGAGACCUCGGACCAUGUAUAAGUCCCUUCAACGCGUGGUUAUUCCUCAUGGGUCUCGAAACGCUCAGCCUGCGUGGAGAAAGACAUUGUCAGAACGCUCUCGCAUUUGCGGAAUGGCUUGAAGCGCAUCCUCUCGUCAAUUGGGUGCUGUAUCCGGGGCUUAAGAGUCACCCCGAUCACGAAUACGCAACUAAGGAGUUGAAGAAUGGAUAUGGUGGUGUCCUGACUUUUGGUGUCGCUGGUAGUAUUGAGGAGGUAAGUGCGGUUGUUGAUAAUUUGAAGCUGUGUAGUCACCUGGCGAACGUGGGAGAUGCGAAGACUUUGAUAAUUCACCCAUGGCGGACCACUCAUCAACAGUUGCCGGAUGAGGAGAAGAUUCAGGCGGGUGUGACGCCAGAUCUUAUACGUGUGAGCUUGGGGCUAGAACACAUUUCUGAUAUAAAACACGAUUUCCAACAAGCUUUCGAUGGGGCGGGAUUGAAGACGACGCGGAAAUAA